GUAGACUCGGUAGACUCGUUCGGAGUCGGAGAUCCCGUCAGUCUUAGUGUGGCUCGUGUGUUUUGACAUGCUCUUUCGCGCACGACGAUGACGAGGAAGUUCCUGAUGGUCUUAUAAGACUUAAAGAUGUUCGACACAAAUAAUCUGGUGAAUCACCCAAGCAUCAAGAUCUGUCUGUGAAAAAUAAAAAAAAAACGAGGAAACGUUUUCAAAUCAAAAGUGCGCCAGAAAGAUGCCUGACGUCCGCGUGUUCAACGAUGGGCCAGCACUUGGCUAGUCUCAGGAUGGACAGCAGCACAACGGGCACUGGUAGUUGUUGCAGCGGAGGCGGUGACAGGCAGCGUGAACCAGUGGAAGCUAGCCUGGAAAAUAACGGAAACGUAGUGCUUGUCGUGCCGGUCGUAGCGGUGCCCAAACUGGGGAAUCUCGACAACGAGCAGCAACAAUUGAAUUUCGAUUUUGAUAAUCACAACUCGAGAUUCGAGUCGCUUUACAGCCAACCGAUCGAUGCCGGCCAAUGUAAUGGUAAUUUCAUCGAUCAACAGCAGCCACAGCAGUUGCAAUUGGAGGUUUAUAACAAAGCGCAAGAGGCUUGUUGUAACUCCAGCGGUAGCAAUGCCAGUAGUAGCUCCGAGGACAGUCCUGUCAAUCCUGUGCUGAGGAGGUCUUCCAAGACUCUUUCGUUCGGCAAACGAAAAGUCAACAAGCAAUUAGCAAAGAGCCAAAAUCCAACAACGUGCAACCACGUGCUAUCGUCAAAGAAGAAACGUAACAAUUGGGUACUGAAGCUCAGUUGUGCGAAAAGUAAAGCGUCGAAAAACACUGACAUACCAGGUGGUCAAGCUAACGGUGCGUCGGAGUGCGUGUGCACGGGUUAUCGUAGAACCGAGGAACAUCCUAUGGGUGCGGGCACAGUAUUCAAUACGAGCAAAUCAGCACCGCAAAGUCCUGUUUUGGGACCUUUGCCACCGAGUCCGGUCAUCGAUCUUUCACGCUUCAAUCCUGAGGAGUUUCCGAUGGAGGAUUGCGACGCGCGAGCGCGUCUUCAACGUGCACGCGAGAUGGAAGAAGGUGUAGAACCACCACCAGGUUAUCGACCGAACUGCCAACCAGCAUCAGGUAUACAAGUCCACCCAAAUGGUAUUACCGUUGACAGUCUUGCUGCACUUUUCCAAGCACAUGCUGGUAUACAAGCUGCUGCGCUCACCGCCCUCUCGCAGAUUGAUUCGACGCUUAUUUCCAAUAUCUAUAGACCUAUUCAUACUCAGGUCGACUAUGUACAUUGCUUGGUACCAGAUCUUCAAGCGAUAACUGCAUGUUCGUUUUAUUGGGGCAAGAUGGACCGUUACGAAGCUGAACGUUUACUCGAAGGUAAACAAGAAGGUACUUUUCUACUUCGUGAUUCAGCGCAAGAAGAAUUUCUCUUUUCGGUAAGCUUCCGCAAGUAUGACAGAUCGUUGCACGCAAGGAUCGAACAGUGGAAUCACAAGUUUAGCUUCGACUCUCAUGAUCCUGGUGUUUACGCGUCAGAAACGGUAUGCGGUUUGAUCGAGCACUACAAGGAUCCAUCUUGUUGUAUGUUUUUUGAACCGCUGCUGACGAUCCCAUUGCAUCGGAAUUUCGCUUUCCCAUUACAACACUUGUGCCGUGCAGUAAUAACAAGUCGAUGUACAUACGACGGCAUCAACAAACUUCAGCUACCCAAGACUUUAAAAACAUACCUAAAGGAGUACCAUUACAAACAACGCGUGCGCAUCAGGAGGCUCGACAUCGAGAGCGAUUUACAAAGUGCCGACGGCAAAUCCAUAUCAUAUCUGCCACUCAUGUGAAUCUAACGUUAACAUAUUUCUAUUUGCCUGAGUAUCCGUUUUGUUGGAUGAAUUUAUUAUAUAUCGCCGAAAAGAAACGACGUUUUUCUUCGGAAUCGUCGGAAAAUCACAAAUGAAUUAGUGUUUUACAAAACAGAUACUCAUGCUUCAUUUGUAUAACCCGUCGAAGGAAGCAUUUUUUUUAUUCGUGUCUAUCGGCAAUUUUGAACUCGCUCAUACGUAAAUGCGAUUGUGUGAGUAUGUUCACGUUGCGAUAUAUUUUUGUUCAUAAAUAUUUUACAACUGUAAAACAAAAAUAUGAGAAGAGUACACAAUACGUAUCUAUGUACGAGUGAAGAGAAUACUUAUGCUUGGUCGACGGAGCAUACAAUAAUAAAUAUACGCAAGUUUGUUUCCAUAUUUAUCUUACAUUGCAAUAUCAAGGUACAUUACUAUAAUAGAAAGACUUAUAAGUGCUUAAUAAUGGAAACUAGUUAAUAGUAUUCAAAGACAAAAUUAGUCUAAUUUUUAACAGGACAGUACAGGGAAGUGCGAGCUGGUGAAUAGUUCUUUUGACUUUGAUUUUUUUAACAGAAAUUUUAAAAGAAUAUCGUAGCAAAUUACACUUAGGAAGAAACUAAUAUAUAAAGAGUCUAUUUCAACUUGGCUAGAAAGAUUUCACAAAGGUAGAUUAGAGUCAGUGGAAAAUGUUACGGACAACAGUCUUGUUCUUGUCUUCGAAGUGGACAUGUUUUGGAUACCUUGCCUUUGACUUUGGAAAAUGAUUUUAGAAUUUUAUUAUUAUUAAAAUAAAUUUAAUGAUAAUUGUUGACCGUAAUUGAGUUACAAAUGUUAUAGUAGUGAAUUGAAAUAUUUACAAACUGAAAUUAUUAUAACUUAUAUACCAAUUUGCAAUACUUUGUACUGUAUUUUCAAUAUUUUUUAUUGAUUUUUCAAUACUGUGUUGAAAAAAAGUUUCAAUACAAAGUAUUAAAUUUGCAACUGCAGCUUUUUUACAGUGUAUUGCAUGUACUGACGCUUAAUGGCCUGUCAUAAAAGACGGAACGAGUAUGGAUUUCCCCAAUUUGAGCACUAUUAUUUUCCGCACGGAGCGUUAGAAAACGCAAUUAGCAUGGGGAUGAAAUGCGGAAAAAUCUAUAGGGUUUCUCAAAGAAAUAUUAUUAAGAAAUAUUUCUCAAGAAAUAAUUAUUCAUUUCGUAACUACUAAUUUAAAAGUUUUUCAUAUUUUUUUACAAACGAGGGAGGGCACCAGCCGAAACUUCCUUUCCUUCUCUUCCUGCUCACAUAAACCUACUACACUCGAAAUUCCCGCACUUGUGUGAAAAAAUAGUGUACGUAACUUGUGCGUGAAGUAUGUGAUUGUCGCUCGGGUGACAAACUUCGCCCGUGCGGGAAUCAUCUACUUCUCGCACGCGUUACGUAAUGUACUAUUACAUGCAACAUUUUUCAUUAACCCUAACCACUUAUGAGAAAUCUUUCUGCUCAAGUUAAAGUGGAACACCCUGUUUAUCAUUAAUUUGCAGUUUACCUACAAAAUUGCAGUCAUUCCGUAUUCUUCAAAUCUUAAAUUACCUGGAAUGUCCUUCAAUUUCAUAAAAAACUACAUAUCUAGUAACUAUAAUGAAAUUUAGGAUACGCUUUUAUUAGAGAAUUUCUACAUCAUGUAAUAUUGUUUUCUUCAAUGUUUCGUACGGAAAGUACGACUUUGCUACACGCUCAUUGAAAAUAGUAUAUUACAGUACAAGUGCGGGAAAGUAGAUUCUUAUCUCGUGUGGCAUUUACGCCCAAGCGAAGCGAGGGUGGAAAGGUACACGAGACGAGAAACUCUAUCCCGAACAUGUGCCGUACCGUAUUUUUUGAUACGACGUGUGGAAACUGCGAUUUUAAACGCACGCUUUUUGCCGAGCGUGCGGGAAAAACUCACUUUCCGCACGGAGUGUCGAAAACGUAUUAUCAAAUGCGUGCUUUCCACACAUUGUUUUGAAAAAUAUUGUACCUGACGUGUUCGAGAAAGAAUUUCUUAUCUCGUGUGCUUUUCCACCCUUGCUUCGCUCGAGUGGAAAUCUCACAUGAGAUAAGAAUUUCCGUACAAGUUAGGUAAUAUACUAAAUCACUGAUGCUCGUUUAAUAUUUACUUUUAUUCAAUUGUUGAUGUUAUAUUACGCUUUAAUCUAAAGAAUAAUGUAAAACUUAUAAUAUGCCGUAAAAACUGAAACUUUUUUUAUAUAAUGAAAUCUAUAAUAUUUAUAGAUUAUGGUUUGCUACGACAUCCUAUUAAAAACAGUACUAUAAAGUGAUUUCAUUAAAUACAUUUUCCAUAACAUUUAAUCCAUUUUUAACGUGAAAAUUUUGCGUUUUUCUUUAAAUAGUUAGUUCACCAGUGCGUGCAAUUUAAUGAUAGAAAUUCACAUCAAUAUAUAUGUAUUCAGGAAUAUUUAAUACUGGUUAGUUUUCAAGUAAACCAUUGAAUUGUGAAAUACUUUACUUGAUUAAUAACUUAUGAGAUUUCAUUAAAAUGUAUUGAUUAAGUCUCUGCGAAAAUAAUAAAAUCUGAGUGACUUACGUUUUAUACCGAAGCAACGGUCUGUAUACUCUGGUGACAGUGAAAGAACCGUUUAUUUUGUGAGUGCUUGUUGCGCAUUUAAAUAAUACUGAUAUAUGAUGAAACUUCCUAGAGUUUGAAGGAAUUCAAAUGUUGUGACUAAUUCAGUACUAUUUGAUGUUAUACGAGAAAAAAGAAAUUAUUUUUAAAUGCAAAUUAUUGAGAUCAAUUGCUCAGAUCAAUUGAUCAGAUCGAUAUAAAAAAUGUGAUAAUGUCUAGCUUUGACAAUUAAAUGUAACAUGUUAAAAUGAAAUAAGAAAUUUGUUCUUGAUGUCUGUGAAUGUUAUAGAAAAAAAAGAAAAUGUGAACUGUAAAAAGGUUGUAAAUUUGUUCUUAUUUGUAUAGUUGUAUUUGAAAGGAAGGCUAAAAAGAUGUCAAAGAGACAUAUCAUAUAUCAAACUUUUGAUAUCUUCCAGAAUGAACGGUUCUUUUCAUCGGUGAAAACAUUGAGGAAAAAUUAAUGCAAAACUUACUCCAUUAAAUUGUUUUCUCGUUUAGUAAUGCACUUGUAAAGUUUAAGUAUUACAUUUUAUAUCUACGUUGGAUACCGUAAAAAUAAGUAAAUCGAAAAAAAAAACGCAUUAAUUAUCCAUAACAAGUCCCAUUUUUCGCUAGUCACGCGACGACCGUUCGAUUUUUUGUAACUUAACCCAUGAGCGACUUUUUAUUGAUAAAAAAUGUGUGGCAUACUCAUACACACGUAAAUAUGUAGGCAGAUAUUAACACACGUAUAUGUAUUUUUUUUGUUUGCUCAUGUGCAAACGCUAUUCCAGUUGCGACACAGCAAUAUUUAGAAAAUAGUUGAAAGGUCAAAAACGCUAGCGGCAGCUUUUAACAGACACAAUGCGCAAAAGAAUGCUACACACAUGAAAAAACCAAUAUUCACGCCCGUCUUGUGGAAGAAAUUAGCGUUAUUCAAAAAACGAAAAUGUGGUUCAUGAUUACGCAAUUCCUAUCGUGCCUAUUUUUAUUAUGAAUGAUCAUUGCGCAUGAAUGUUCGUGGUCCGUAAAAUUGUUACGAGACCAAGGUAAUUCAAAUGAUAAUAUUAGGCUGUUUGAAAACUUUGCAAAUUCUUCUCUUUAUUCGAAUGUUCUUUUUAGACUAGUAUUCAUGAGUAGAUGUAAUCAGUUUAUUUUGUUUCGUAGGUCGACCAUACUUUAGAAACUUUUCUUUAAACUUGAAUUUCAAUGUAAUUUUUUCAACAGCCUGAUAGCAAGACUCCCCGGAACUCCGAUUAAUUAUAUACCCUGUAAAUGUCGAUUGUGUAAAUAUUACCGGGGUCUGCCAAAUUCGUUUUUGGAAUGUCGGUCGGAUUAAAAAUCAUGAAUUAGUUAAAAAGCGAGGAUUUGUAGGCACUCGAGUAGCAAUUUAUCAAGUAUUAGUUUUUAAAAAUGAAACAAAAAAUUACUUGGGAGUUAGUAUAAGCCACGUUAAUAUUCUUUACAGUCAGUUUUCGUAAAACAUUGGGCAUUCUAUUGGUUCUAAACUGUUCUUUCCACGAAUUUGUUCUAUUCUUUAUUACUUUGUACGAAAGUUCACGUUACGACGUCAGUGCCUUGCUCAUCGAACUUAGCGGAUGACAUAUCUUUGUAUCAUAAAGAAAAGAAAAUAUUCGGCAAAAUUUGUAAGUUGAAAAUGAAAUUUUAGGUAACUAUCAAUGCACUUUUUUUUGGGAUUCAUUUGUAAUUAAAUUUUAUGAUAUUUUUUAUUUUAAAUAUUCGAUUUUUUAAAGUGUUAACGGUAUUUUAAUUCAAUUCAAUUACGUUAAAAAGAUUUUUUUAAGCUGUAUCUAUAAGUAUUAAAUAAGCCAUUGUUCACGAUAGUUUUUAAAUCGUUUAAGAACAUAUAAGAAAUUUUUAAUACAAAGUAAAUUCUCCUAAAAACAGUUUACCGAGUAAUUAUUUCAAGUAAUUUUUAGCUAUACAAAUAAUAAACUCAAACUGACUGUACAAUAAUGUUUCUGUUGGUUAACCUACGACAAAAAUUUUCACUAACACUCCCUGAAAAUGAUAGUUGCGCUGUAAAAGGAAAUAGCUAAAUUGUAAAAGCAAUUUAUCACUUAUUUUUUAAUAUCUGUAUUACGACUUACUCGAUCGAACUUAGUGCAAUGAAAGUUGUUUUUAUUUUUUGUUGAAGAGUCUUCCGUUGUAAUUUUCUACGGUAAAGGUCUCACGGAUACUAAGAUCGAGUAAGAGUGCAAGAGCAUUGUACUGAUCACUAUUAGCUCAUUAUCGUUCGCGAAUAAUUAGUUUAAGAGAAUUUAGAGAAGAAAAAACAAGCGUCGAUGAAUAUCGUUUCAUCGCGCGAGAUUAGCCAAUAAAAGUUUAAAAUAAAAAUUACAAAUUAUAAACACACGGGAAGAAUUGAAUCGUUAAAAUUUGUUAUCAAUUGACGUUUUAAGUGCGUAAUAUUUAUUCCCCCAACCCCAAGCGUAUCCCUAAUUUAUAAGUAUAAUAUAUUUAAAAACAAAAUAAAACUGUUGGGCAUACGAAGGACUGAAGGUAUUAUUGUGAAUAAAUAAAGUAUUAUCCAGAUACGUAA